CACAAACGCAUAUGAGCAAUAACCGCAACGGAAUCACAAAUCACAAAACCCAAAACACGGCUGCAUUGCACGCUCUCAUGCUAUGACGGUGGCACGUCCUCGCCGCCGCCAUUCCACCCCACUAAUACCGUCGAUUGCUCCUCUGCAGCAGCCCUCACCUACAACCAGACACAUACACAGAUGCUCGAAUGAAGGCACCCUCUGCUGACACUGCCCAGCUGCCGUGGUGCUGACCUUCAUGGCGAGAAGCUCGAGCAGCCCCGAUCCCUUGCUCAUUUUGUCGAAGUCGAUGUGUGACGGCGGGUCCUCCUCGGGCAGCAGCAGGGUGUGCACUGGCUUGACGAGUCGGGAGGUGGAGGUGACGCAGCACGCCUCCCAUAGGCCGUUCUUCGCUUCGCGAACUGAAGGCGUACGAAGGACCACUGGCCAGCUGAACAGCAGCCGGCACACACGUGAUGUGUGGACGCGCGUAUGGGCUUUCCCCAUCUAGCUGUGUUUAGUGUUACCCUUCGUUGUGGGCGACAUCGAAGAUGACUUUUCUGACGGUGCCGGCGAGCACCAUGUCCUCAGGGGCCGUCUCGAUCACCAGACCCUCGGGCGACCGACGAAUGGCGAAAAAGUUACUCGACAAACCCUCGGCUGCAUACACCAGAGCAGAGGCAGAUGGAACACACUGAUGCGCGACCCACACACGGGAGUGUUGUGCUGUGUGGGUGUUGUGUGGAGUGCUUGCUCACAGAUGUGUCCGUGUUCGUCGCACAUGACGACCUCGUUGCUGUCUGAUGCCUUGGCCUCCUCCAGCUGCCGCCUAUCCCUCACCCACUUGCUGUCCUUGGUGCUGGCAUUCACACGGCCCCCACGACGGACCUCUGCCUGCGUACACAACACACACGCAGUGGUGCGCACACCUACCUGUCCAUUGUCUGUGUAUCCGUGUGCACCUACCUGUACAGUCUGGCUGAUGGGCGUCAGCUCCUCAAUGUAGCAGUAGAGGUCGUAACCCUGAACCACACAGAGGCGGCAUAGCACUCUCGCACAGCAGGGAUGGAUGAGGGAUGAGACCUGUUCUGGCGGUGUCUGGUCAUCGCUCUCGUCCCACGUCAUCAGGGCAGUCAGCUGGUACUCUGUCGCCUCCUGACAAUCAAUAGUCAGUCCAAACACACCCACAGAGGGAUGACAGAGCGUCCGUCAGCUCUUUGUGUCCGCGCGUUUCUCUCCUACUUUGCUUGCCGGGGGCUCGUUGACGAGGAAGGUCAGCCCCGCUGAAAUGGUCUGGGCCAGCACGGGCCGGAGUUGCUCAAACGUCAACCUGCAGAUGGGCAACACACAGACGCAUGGAGGGAUCGUACCGGAUGUACUGCCUUGGUCAUCUACCUUUUGAGGAUGUCUUGCUUCUUCUGUGGCGUGAGCGUUUCGCUCUCCUUCACCAGAGAUGUGCUCGAGUCACCUGCAGGCACACACAUACAUACACAUGACACUGCAGCCCCUUCCCCCAUCUCAUCCUGUUCGCUUACACAUCCUCUGGACGUGCAUCUCGAACUCAAAGACAGCCCUCCCUCGCCGAACAGUGCGGGCCGUCGUGUACGCCCCUGCAUCACAACGCACAAUCGCACUACGCUGAUCGGUGGAUGAAUGAUGCAGUGCUGCUUAAACAUACCUCUGGGCCAUUUGGUCAGAAAGUCCCUCUUGGGGAAAGAUGGCGUCGUGCAGAAGCCGUUGCGCACAAAGACAGCCAGGCGGUGAUGGGAAGACUGAGGAGAUGACGCAUCCAUCGGCUGCGAAACCGGAGAUCUGACAAGGACACACUGGCGAGAUGCAGCCUGGUGGUAGGCAGACUGUAUCCUGUGGG